AUGCCGACCACUACGACGAUUGUCUCGACGUCGGACAUGCUGUCUCAUAAAACGCCCAGCAAAGGCUCGUCGUCGACGGAGGCAACGUUACAGUCACUGUACAACCGUGCAGCGAGAGCAUUCCUUCACCGCGACGUUACAAUCACAUUCACCUUGUUAAGCGCUGCAUUCGCACUGCUCCCACCUCCCCUUGCGCCCUUACCUGAUCCCCUAGAUGUACACCGGAGAAAGUGGGAUAUCCUUCGCAUCACCCUCGAGACCACCGUCUUCUCUUCUACUCCAGACAUCGCUGAUUUACCGCAACCACUCCGAGAAUUCCUACUCUUAUCUCCCCAAUCAUUUAUUUCCACUUUGUAUGCUCGAUCUCUCGCUUUAUUUACUCCUUCAUCUCUGUGUCGAAAACCUAGCUCCGCAUUCCUUCCGCACCAAGUCCUCAUCACACUCGUCGCAUCCAGUAUCAAGAUAGAUUGCAUAAGUGUUGGUCGUGAGAUGACAGAGGAUUGGUUAUCAAAACGCGGUCAAUAUGACUUCGUACCUUCCACAGGUGAACCAUAUUACAGGGUACUAGAACUCUACUGCUUGCAUGUCCUGCCUCGUUUGGGCGAGCGGGAAUAUGUCAAAGAAUUCUUGUCCUACGAGAAUGAACUCUCGUCUGACAAAAAACGCGAACUUCAUUUGGCCCUCGAUGCUCAACAUGCUCACACGCUAGAGAGUAUAAGACGGGAGACGCCAAAACCCGAGACUACUCCCUCUCCUACACCAAUACCUCCACUCCGCUCUUUAUCCCCAGCCUCUUCCUCUUCCUCUCUAUCCACCACGUCCACCCGCACUGCCGUUCCAGCAUCCCCACGUCCAAAACUUACCCGCCAACAAUCCACCACUUCCACAUCAGCAGUUUCAGACUCUACCGUAACCAAAUCCCCUCGCCACCGCUACAACCAAAGCAUGCCUCGAGGAAGUUCGAGUGCCAGUGGCGUUCGCACCCCCCGCAUUCUGCCAGUCGACCACAGUCUCGCCACUGCACAACCCCCAACCUCCCUAGCACUCCUCCGAUAUUAUUUCAACCACUAUUUCACCGCAAACAGAAUCGCCACUCUAUUGGUUUUGUUCUUCCUAAUCCCCUUCAUGUCUUUGAUCCUCCGGAGGCGGCGGCGCUUGGAGACACCUGCGGACUUGGUACGGAGGAGGUUAUUGGAAGCCCGUGGCGAUUCCUUUGCGAGAAGGUUGUGGAAUGAGUUGGUGAGAGCGGUUUUGGAUACUGUCAGGAUGGGUGGUGGGGGACUUGUGUAA